UAUACUCUACUAUACAAAAUAGACUGAAUACAUUUUAGGAAACACUGGCCUAAAACUAAACGGGGAUUAUGUCCAUUCAGCGGCAGAAUGAGGUGGUGCGAAUCAAGCGCCAGGUGAAGCGAAAUCUUCCGCACCGAAACUUCCGGGAGAUCAACUUUGAUCGCAAGUCCAUUCGCGAGGGCAUCACUUCACUGACAUACGAUGAAGCGCGUCGGAUUAAGGGACCAGUUUUCGAGGCCCUGGAGGACGAGUUGCGCCGGGCGGGAUGCACCAUGCUGCCGGACUUCCUGCACUGCCUGGCCACCAAGGAGCAGGCUCUUUUCGAGAGCCUAAAUAUCCGGGAACGCCUUUCCGAUGACUCGGAGUUGCUCUACGGAAUGGUGCACCGAUUGCGGGAUGCCGAACUGGCCGUUUGCCUGAACAAACACCGCGGACUCAAGCAGUGUUUCGCCCUGUUCUUCGAGACGAUGCAAUUGCUGGAGCCAUAUCGCCAGAAAUACGCAUACGCCCUGGUGGCCCUCAACGAGCACAUCAUCUCGCUGUGUCACAAAAUCGAGGGUCAGGAGCGGGAGGCAGCCGAGUCCAUCUCUCGCAUUUACUACUCCUACGCUUCGUAUCUGGUGAACACGGGUCAGCGCACCCAGGCCAUUAACUACCUGCAGAUCGCCAUGGAUCUGGUGCGGGGUCAUGUCUGGACCGCCGAGAUUGGCAUGCCCGCCGGCAGCCUCACGCUCCACGAACUGGUGGCCCAGAAUCUCGCCAGGCAACUCCUCAUCCAAGGCAAGGCCAUUGUGCGCCAGCAUCCCGAGGAUGCGGUGGCCAUGGCACGCAGGGCUACAGUCUUGAUAGCGGAAAUUGGUAGGGAGAAGAACAUGGAAAUCUUUUGUGACACCUUCCUGGAGCGUGCUUACUUUCUAAUGGAGAUCGGAAACUAUAACUCGGCACAGCAAUGUCUGGACCAGAUCCGCACCCAGAUCUUGGCCUGCACAGAGUACCGCUUCGUCAAGCUGAACAUUAAGUACUAUUUAUUCCAGGGCCAAUGUUCUGAGAUCUUUGAUCACGUGGACAAAGCGAUCUCGUGCUACAAGCGUGCACUUCGUUUGUCGCGUCUUUACACCCAUCGCGAUUUGGAGGCAGAGAUCCUUUUACACUUGGGGAAAAUCUUCGCCAAGGACACUCAGAUGACGAGCAUUGCAAAGAAGUGCUACGAGCAUGCCAAACGCAUUUAUGUGGACUUUAACGAUCAACACAGACGCAAGAUGGCCAAUUACCUGCAGGCCAAGUUAAUGGCCGACGAGAUAACACCACUUUAUAUGGCAAUGCUUAAGUCAUCCACUACAAGAUACUGUGCCUUCUUCAACCUGCGCCAGUGGAAAAACCGCUGUCGUCCCUUCUGGAAGCGACUGGGGGAUGAGAUCAUUAAACAGGAGUCGGACAGCAUCUACUGUCUGCUGGACGAGGAGAAGGAGGAUCCUGGUCACGAAGUGGCUCUGUACGAUGAUGUGGAUCUCAAGACAUUCAAGCUGGCGGAGGGCGAUAUCUAGAUUACCCCGACUUGUUUACAAGUUAAGCAAAUUAUAUUGUUUAUUGCUCUUGGCGUUUAAUUAAAUUAUGUGCAGCAAGUAA